CCUAAGUUAACGCUCACACUAUAACAAACAAAAAUGACAAAACUUAUUAAUCAAAAUCAGCCUCAUUUCCUCUUAGUCACCUUUCCAGCCCAAGGUCACAUUAACCCGGCAAUUCAGUUCGCAAAACGUCUCGUCCAAUUAGGAGCCAAUAUAACCUUUGCCACCUCUAUCUCUGCAUACCGUAAGAUGCGCAAAGCUGGCACGAUUCCUGACGGUUUCAAAUUUACGGUGUUUUCAGAUGGUUUUGAUGAUGGUUUCAAUCCGAAGAUCCAUGACCGGGCAGUGUUUAUGACUCAGUUAAAGAGCCAGGGAACACGGAUCCUGAAAGAAACAAUUCUUUCUAGUGCCGAAAAUGGGUCUCCUGUUACUUGCUUGGUUUACACUUUACUACUUCCUUGGGCCGCAGAGCUGGCUCGUGGCCUAAACGUUCCCACGGCACUUCUUUGGAUUCAACCCGCUUCUGUAUUACGAGUAUAUUACUAUUAUUUCAACGGGUACAAAGAAUUAAUUGGCGACGAUUGUAACGAACCCUCGUGGUCUGUUGAAUUACCAGGGUUACCCUCACUCAAAAGCCGUGACCUUCCUUCCUUUUGUCUCCCUUCAAACCCAUAUGAGCAUGCAUUGCGUUUAUUUAAAGAGCAACUAGAUAUGUUGGAUUUGGAAGAUAACCCAAAAAUACUUAUAAAUAGCUUUGAUGAUUUGGAAAAAGAGGCGUUGAAAGAAAUCGAUGGCAAGCUAAAGUUGAUCGCUGUAGGACCGUUGAUUCCUUCGGCUUUCUUGGAUGGAAAAGAUCCAUCUGACAAAUAUUUUGGGGGAGACUUGUUUAAAACAUCAAAAGACUAUAUGGAGUGGAUGAACACAAAGCCUGAAGGAUCCAUUGUUUACAUAUCUUUUGGUAGCAUCAUAAUGUUGUCAAAGAAGGAAAAGGAGGAAAUGGCUCAUGGGCUAUUGGAAAGCAAUAGGUCUUUUUUGUGGGUUAUUAGAGAAAAAGAUAGCAACAUGGUCAAAGACGAAAAGGCGGAAGACGAAGAAGAAGAGGAACUAAGUUGUAUGGAGGAAUUGGAGCAAUUAGGAUUGAUAGUUCCAUGGUGCAGUCAACUAGAGGUGUUAUCGCACCCGUCUUUAGGAUGUUUUGUGACACAUUGUGGUUGGAACUCGACGUUGGAGAGUAUAGCCUGUGGGGUUCCUGUGGUUGCAUUUCCUCAGUGGACGGAUCAGACAACAAACGCAAAGCUUCUAGAAGACGUAUGGGGAACAGGGGUGAGGGUUACCGCGAAUGAAGACGGAGUUGUUCCUGGCAAGGAGAUAAAGAAGUGCAUAGAAAUUGUGAUGGGCGGUGAUGAAAAUGGGGCAACAAUGAGAAGGAAUGCCAAAAGGUAUAAGGAUUUAGCUAGAGAGGCCGUGGAAGAAAAUGGAUCUUCUUACACGAAUCUAAAGAAUUUUGUUGAAGAAGUCGAUCAAUCGAUGGAAGAUCGAAUAAAGGAUUCAAACCCGAAUUUGAGUCUACUAUAGUUAGGGGUGAUGACCAUGGUUUUUUUUUUGUUCUGUUUUUGCUAAAACUGAAAAUUGAACUAAAAAUUCGGUUUU